GAAAACCCACCGCACUUGUCCGCCGCUAGUGGCCGCUCCGCUUUCAUUAUUUACGGGCAGAAAGCGAAGCCGCGGCGGCGCUGAGAGCUACACGGAAACAAAACCAUCUGCGAACGGAUGAAACAGCGAUGAUCCGCCGAAACCUAAACUGAAACAACAAGAACCCCCUGAAUUCGGGCCCUGUUUUGACUCGCAUGGGGCUGGGAGACGGCUCGGAUCCGCGGCACGAUGCACACGGGCUGGGCCGGUUGAUGGUGGAGCUUUGGGGUUGGAGCGGUGGGUGGAGGCCGGUGAAGCCGGGCUGGAGUCGAGCUGAGGCGAGGAGAAGCAGCGAGGCGGCCCGGGGGCUCCUCCACCUCCUCCUCCAACACCAUGAGGCUGACAGUGUUGCUCUGCUGGCUGGUUGUGGGGGCUGCGGCGGAGAGCAGUGAGAACAGCACGACCCUCAGCAACAGGAGGUACUUGAACAUUGGAGAUGGGACUAAUCUGGAGUUUGAGUUCCCUGAGAACACCAAGGGCGUGAUCGUGAUCUCCAGCGAGUACCGGAGCGCUGUGGGCAGGAAGGGCCGAGAGAGCUGGAGGCAGACGGUCAGGGUGCGCUCCCUGGAGCCAGAGGUGCUGUCCAUCCUGAACGUCAGCGACAGCGGGCAUUCAGGGCCCGUGAGGAGCUACAUUAUCAGCAUCAGGUCAGGCAUGGUGGGCCGGGCGCCUCUGCUCAUCCAGCUGCUGGACCUGGACCAGAAUUCGGAGCCGGUGCUGAUCGAGGAGCGGACCGACUAUGCUAUCAGGGUGGCUCCCGGGGCCUUCGACCGCAGCCAGGCCGGAGGCCUCUCGCACUUUUCGGAGAACCCGAUUCUCUUCGCCCUGCUGCCGCUAAUCUUCGUCAACAAGUGCGCUUUCGGGUGUAAGGUGGAGGGGGAGGUGCUGCGGGGGCUGCUGAAAAGGCCCGUUCCUCUCUUCCUGGGGGUUUUGGGGCAGUUCCUCAUCAUGCCGCUCUACGGGUAUGGCAUGGCGCGCCUGGCGUUGCUGCCCAAGGCUCUGUCCCUGGGCCUGGUCAUCACCUGCUCGGCCCCUGGCGGCGGCGGAGGUUACCUUUACAGCCUGUUGCUGGGAGGAGACGUUACGUUGGCGAUCUGCAUGACUCUGAUAUCCACUGUGGUCGCCACGGCGGCAAUGCCGCUCUCCUCGGCACUCUACGGGCACCUCCUGGGUGUCCACGCCACCCUGCACGUGCCCUUCUUGAAGAUCCUGGGCACCCUGCUAUUCAUUGCCAUCCCCAUCUCGCUGGGCAUGCUGGUGAAGCUGCGGCUGCCCGCUCUCACCCGGGUCCUCCUUGCCCUCAUACGGCCCUUCAGCUUCGUGCUCAUCGUGGGCGGCAUCUUCAUGGCGUAUCAGAUGGGCGCCUCCAUCCUGGCCGACGUGCGCCCCCACAUCGUCCUGGUGGGCGUGACGGUGCCCGUUUUGGGGCUGCUGGUGGGGCUGGCGCUGGCGUGGCUGGCCGGGCUGCCCGCGCCACAGAGGAAGACGGUGGGCAUCGAGGUGGGUGUCCAGAACAGUCUGCUGGCACUGGCCGUCAUGCAGCUCUCGUUCCGGCGGGCGGAGGCCGACUUCGCCUCCCAGGCGCCCUUUAUCGUCGCCCUCAGCAGCACCUCUGAGAUGCUGCUGCUGGUCCUCGCCCACUUCGCCCACCGCCGCCUCUGCCACACGCCCGCCGCCCACUCUGAAACCUGACCCGGGCACCGGCCGCCACCCAGCGACCCUCGUCAGCUUCAGGGUGGGCAUCGUGGACAGUGAACAAAGUGUGUGUGUUUAUUUUUGUCUCUAAAACCAAAGGCUGUUUUUUAAGUUCCCCUGUUUUCUAAAUCAAAUUUUAAGCGAAAUGAACUUUGUGUGUCGAUGAUGAAGCGAUAUUUUUCUAACAGAUUUGUGUGGGUUUUGUAAUUUGAGAUGCUUUUUCUUUGUAUCCUGUUUACAAAAGCGCCAUGUCUCUUCGGGGACGGUCGUGCUCUGAGCUCUAAUGUGCUGUUGAUUGUUUUGGUGGAUUCUGAACGAGGUCUUCUGAGAAUCCACGUACUUGAAUCGUUUUGCGUAAAAGUGUGAAUAAAUGCAUUUUUGAAAAGGAAAAGGUGUCGGUUUUGGCUGUUUGGUGAAACAGCAGUGGAGAAACAGGCCAGGCAGCUUUAACUGAUUAUAUCUGCCUUUAUUUGAAUGUAUUGUUUGACUCUUUUGUAUAUUUUGAAUUUGCAUUGAGGUUCUAGCUCAUCUCUGUUUGUUCUCACAGUCUCUCACAGUUUCUACACUCACCAUUUUAAGCUGCUUGGUUUGUGAUCUGAGCACAUUUACAGUAAAACCCACCCACUUCCUGCACUCUUAAAAAUAGAGAUUACUAAAUGGUUCCUGGUUUGGUCAGAGGGUUCUAGGAAGAGCCUUUAACUGCUAUAGAUCUUUUACAUAUGUGGAAGUGCUUUAAAUGUUGAAAAGGUUCUUCACACUCGCAUCUCAUUUACAGACCUUUGGAGAAGAAGAUCAUUCAGAAGCAGAAACACUUCAUUACUCUGUUAUUGUAAACGAACUGAAAGUGAAGGUCCUUUGGGUUAUUACAGUUGUGAUGUCAUGUGAUCUGGAGAGCUUUUAUCACUUCUUUAAUAGCAACUGUCACCAAAAUAACUAGUGCCUUUUACAGUUACUACAUAAUCACUGUUUAAGUUUAUUAAGCUUAAUAAAACUUUCACAAUUCUA